AUGUGGAAACAGAUUAUUACCAGAGCACAGUCGACUCUUACGCCGGUGUCGCUCUCGUUGCCACAGAAACCUCUGGCUCCUACUACUCUCUCAAGACUGACCAAGGUUUUCCCCCAAAUCGAGCAAGUCAACGCCGACAACUUGUACGGAAAACCAUUCAAAAACGCUUACUACAUUUCAAGAACUCACAAAGGAAACAUACCCGUUUACAGAACCUACAAAAGUCAGGCUGUCGUCACCGAAGUGCGAAGAAUCGAUGGAAGUUUGACCAAGUUUAGGGAUGACGUCCAGAAGCUUUUUCCCGAGAAACCAAAAAGCGAUUUCACGUGCCUCAUGCAAAGUAUGACGCUCCGGAUCAAGGGCGAUGUCUCUAAACCUCUCAAAAAGUACCUGAACGAAACAUUCUAG